CCUCAUUCGUGAAGGCUGAUGGCCAAAGCUUCACUCUCGAUGGUCAACCGUACACUGUCUUUGGGUACUCAGAAAAUCUAUCAUGCGCACUCAGGUUCUCAUGCAAAGUCGUGUUGCAGCUCCAACUCCUACUGGGUUGGCUUGACUGGUCUUACCACCGAUGAGAUGGAUGUCACAUUUAGGGACAUUGCCGAAACCGGUGGGACUACUGUCCGAACAUGGGGCUUUAACGAAGUCACCUCCGCCAGUGGCGACUACUACCAGCUCUGGAACGGAAGCACCCCUACUAUAAAUUACAGUUCGACUGGUCUUGAGAACUUCGAUGAUGUUGUGGCCACCGCUAAGGCAAACAACAUUCGCCUCAUUGUUACGCUCACGAACAACUGGUCAAACUACGGCGGAAUGGACGUUUACGUUGACCAAAUUCUUGGCGAAGGCCAGCCACAUGACUACUUCUACUCUAACCCCGAGGUCAUUGCCGCCUUCCAAAACUACGUGAAGGUGUGGGUUGAGAGGUACAGCGAAGAGCCCACCAUCUUCGGUUGGGAGCUGGCAAAUGAGCCGCGUUGCACUGGCUCCACCAACGCCACCUCAGGUACUUGCACUACCACUACGAUCACAGAUUGGGUUAAGACUAUGUCUGGCUACAUCAAGUCUCUCGACAGCAACCACCUAGUUGGUCUCGGAGACGAGGGUUGGUUCAACUUGCCCAACUCCACCGACUAUGCUUACGAUGGUUCUCAAGGCAUCGACUUCGAUGCCAAUUUGGCCAUCGACACCAUCGACUUUGGAACUUUCCAUCUAUACCCCUAUAGUUGGGGUGAGGAAACCCCGAGCGCGAUGGUCUGGGGUCAGGAAUGGAUCGAGAACCACCGCAAUGCUCAAGCCACCUACAAUAAACCUGUACUGAUGGAAGAGUUUGGUGUACUCGCUGACCAGAACCAGACCGCGACCUACAAGAAUUGGUACUCCACCGCGAUCGAUGGAGGGCUGAGUGGUGUACUCAUCUGGCAAGCUGGUUCGAACCUGACGAGUGGACCCACGCCCAACGACGGUUUCACGAUCUACCCCGAUAUUCCCGUGUACUACAUGGAAAUGCAGUUUUCGGCUCGACUCAAAGCAAAGAAUUAGGGAAUUCGAAAGGCAGUUUGUCUAGACAUAGACAAUUUAUGCAAUGUCAUGGUGUCACACAAACGAACACUGGUCCCCAAGGACUGAGUGGAAAAAAGCAAGACCUACAGUAAGAUAUGACCUUUAUAUUGGGACUUUC